AUGAAAUUACUGCUAUUGUUUCUGUUAAUUACCACUGUGUUAUCAUACAAAUAUGUUAUUUUUGUACCGUAUUUGGCUAAUAGUCAGGUUCAAUUCUCUGUCAGAGUAUCUGAAGUUCUUGCCAAUGGAGGCCACGAUGUCACUCUACUAUUCAUAAAUCAUUUAUCGGAUUAUAAAACUGAUGUCAAGAUUCCAAAAGGGGUUAAAACAUAUCAACUUGACGCAUUCGUAGAUGGUAUCACUAAGAAAAGUAUGGAAAAGGAUCAAGCAGCAACUAUUUUCAAAGACGCCGGACUUCGAGAUAUUCCUGGAGUGAUUGCAAUGUUCAGUAGAAUGGGAAACAUGUUCCAAGAGGGAUGUCGACUGGCUCUUCGGAACAAGGAAUUCUUAAAAUGGUUGGAAGAUGAGAAGUUUGAUGUCGCCUAUGCCCAUGUAAUGUCCACGUGUCCGUUGGGCUUGAUUCACCAUGCAAAAAUUCCAUCGUGGGCUUGGUUGAACAGCGGUCCGCUGAUGGAAUUUAUUGCUCACGCAGUUGGAGUUCCGAUUAUUCCGAGUUAUGUACCGCCUGUGAUGAUGGAGUCUCAUGAUGAAAUGGGAUUUGUGGCGAGAACGAAGAGUUUGAUUGGGCAUGGGUUGAUGGGAUUCAUGCAUAGAAGAAUAUCCGCUGAUGCUGAAACAGAAAUUUUCCGCCAAGAGUUGAAUGAUCCUACUUUCCCAAACACUAUGGAUAUUGGUAGCAAGUGCCCAUUGGUUAUUGUGAACACCAAUGAAAUAUAUGACUUGCCACGCCCUACUUUGGCGAAAGUAGUAAAUAUCGGAGGUCUGGGAGUUGGAUUCGAUAGUGCCAAACCGCUGACUGGGGAUUUCAAGACGAUAUCUGAAACUGGAAAAGGACUCAUCGUAUUCUCGUUCGGGUCGGUAGCAGCUGCGCAUGAGAUGCCGUUGGAAUGGAAAAACUCUCUGCUAGCUGCAUUUGCUUCGUUCCCAGAUUAUCAAUUUGUGAUGAGAUAUGUCAUGGACGAUCUGAAUGAUAGGUUACCAAAGAAUGUUCAUCUGUUCAAGUGGCUUCCUCAGAAAGAUUUGCUUCUUCACAAUAAAACGAAGGCAUUUAUCACUCAUGGAGGCUAUAAUUCUAUGCAGGAAGCCAUAUCAGCCGGCGUCCCUCUUGUUACAAUUGCACUGUUCGGUGAUCAACCUAAAAAUGCAAAAGUUGCGAGAAAACAUGGUUUCGCUGUGAACAUUCAAAAGACUACACUUUCAAAGGAAACAAUUAUUGAAGCAUUGGAAGAAGUUAUUGGAAAUGAUAGCUACAAACAAAAAGUGUCUCGUCUCUCCGCAAUGGUACGUGCUCAACCAAUGAAACCAGCUGAACGUCUCCUCCGAUGGUCAGAAUUCCUGGCUGAAUUCAAACAACUCGAUAACUUGGUUCCUGCUGGGCAGAAACUGAACUUCCUACAGUAUCAUUCCCUUGAUGUUCUCCUAUUUCUUUCGUCCGUUAUUUUCAUUAUUUUAUACUUUUCUUAUCGAGUACUCAGAGCCGUAUUUAGAUGUUGCUUCUUUAGAAAUCCAAUUGAAAAGAAGAAGAAGAAUGAGUAG